CGGCAAACGCAUUGGCCUUUCGGAGUUUAAUCAGAAGAGGACUCUUGUCCCCGUUCCCCACGCUCUUCCAUCGACCCCCUCGCGUGUCUCUCUGCCGCGGAGGGCUGAAGCAAUCCAGCGGAUUACCGAUCCAUGCCUGCGCUCCAGCGUUGAGUGUGCGAGUGUAAAUUGCCGAGAAGCGGGGGGGAAAUCACAGGACUUCUGCAAAUGCUGGACUGAAAAUUGUAAUUCAUCUGCCGCCGCCGCCGCCGCCACCGCUGCCUUUUUGGCCCCUCAUUCGUGCUCUUGAGAUCUCGGGUUGGGAUUCCUACGGAUUGACAUUUUCAGUGAAGCCAAACCGUGGGGACGCAAUCUGGAAACCCUCCUGAUUUUUACUCUACCUAGCUCCCCCCACACACACACCCGCCCCACCUCCUGAUUCAUUGCAAGUUUCACAGAAGCUUAUACAAGGAGACUUCUGAAGCUCGAUGGUGUCGUUGCCUUAUAUAUUUGUUUGGGUUUUACCAAAUAAAGAGGGGGAAACUUAACAGAAGAUCAUGCGGUCCUUAAAACAUACAGUAAGUUUUGUUUUGUUUGCACAGGAAUUUGGUUUAGUGUAACUUUCAACGGACUCAUUUGAGUUUUUCUUACUUUAAUUGCAUUCGAGCAAAUUUAAUUUCCAGACAGUUUAUUGCAGUCUCUUUAGCGUGUAACUUGUAGCCGAUAUGCCCUUCCUCCCCUGAGUAUAUAAAGAACACACCUGAUUUUAACUUGCUAAGUGGUCCCGCCCCUCACCUUUCAGCAUUGCGGAGUAAGUAGACUGAUACUAACAAAGCUUAAUAAAUAAUGUGCCUCGUGAAAUAAAGAACCGAAAGGAAUUUGAAUAAAAAUUUCCUGCAUCUCAUGCCAAGGGGGAAACACCAGAACCAAGUGUUCCGCGUGACUGAAGACACCCCCUCAUCCAGGAAUGCAAAAGCACAUCCAAUAGAAGAACUGGAUUAUAACAAUCUUUUUUUCUUUUGGGGCCGUGGGGCGGGAGUCGGGACGAGAAGUGCUAUUGGUACCUGAAGCUUUUUUUCCUGGAAAGGAUGGCGCAAGCCGGGAGAACAGGGUAUGAUAACCGAGAGAUCGUGAUGAAGUACAUCCAUUAUAAGCUGUCACAGAGGGGCUACGAGUGGGAUGUGGGAGAUGCGGACGCUGUGCCCCUGGGCGCCGCCCCCACCCCUGGCAUCUUCUCCUUCCAGCCUGAGAGCAACCCAACGCCCGCUGAGCACCGGGACACAGCUGCCAGGACAUCGCCACUAAGACCCACAGUCGCCACCGCUGGGCCCGCGCUCAGCCCUGUGCCACCUGUGGUCCACCUGACCCUCCGCCGGGCUGGGGAUGACUUCUCCCGUCGCUACCGUCGCGACUUCGCGGAGAUGUCAAGUCAGCUGCACCUGACGCCCUUCACCGCAAGGGGACGCUUUGCUACGGUGGUGGAGGAACUCUUCAGGGAUGGGGUGAACUGGGGGAGGAUUGUGGCCUUCUUUGAGUUCGGUGGGGUCAUGUGUGUGGAGAGCGUCAACAGGGAGAUGUCACCCCUGGUGGACAACAUCGCCCUGUGGAUGACUGAGUACCUGAACCGGCAUCUGCACACCUGGAUCCAGGAUAACGGAGGCUGGGAUGCAUUUGUGGAACUGUAUGGACCCAGUAUGAGGCCUCCGUUUGAUUUCUCCUGGCUGUCUCUGAAGACCCUGCUCAGCCUUGCCCUGGUGGGGGCCUGUAUCACUCUGGGUGCCUACCUGGGCCACAAGUGAGGCCCAUGGACCUGCUCCCCAAAAUAUGCAAAAGGUUCACUAAAGCAGUAGAAACAGUAUGCAUUAUCAACGAUGUAUCAUGAAACAAAGUUGUGAUCUUUUUCUUUUAAGCUGAACACACACACACACACACACACACACACACACACACACACAUUCAGGCAAACGGUCGAAUCAGCUAUUUACUGCCAAAGGGAAAUAUCAUUUAUUUUUUACAUUAUUUAGAAGAAAA